GGUUUGGCAAUCUUGGUGCCGCCAAGACGGAGAUGCGCGGCGAGUGUCUGUCGCCUGGGGCACGCUGCUCAUAUACGAACCACCACGAUAGUCCAGCGAGCCGCAACACAUGACUUGCGCGGGCAUGGAUACUCUUCCUCUCGAGCUGCACGCCCAGAUAUUCGAGUGUGCGUGCACUGACGAUGGCACGACGGCACACUCGCUAUCUCUCGUCUCGCACUAUGUCCGCGAAGUCUCUGAGCCAUACCGAUACCAGUCGCUCGCUGUCGCAGGCCUCGACUCAUUAGUCAAGCUCGUCCAUAAACUUGAAGAGCUGCCCACACACAGGCGACGCGUUCACCGUCUCUUCCUAUCCGGUUGGACGCACAAGCAGACACACGAGAAGGCUGUGGCAUUCGACGCCGUUGCAGCAGACAAAUACGACCUCGAGCGAUCCACGAUCGUUCGCAUUUUCGAGCUCGUCGCGCCGACACUCGAAUCCCUAUCAUUCGUCGCCGCGUGCCCAUACACAAGCACCGCGCUGCUGGGACAUCUGUUCAGUUUGCGCUUCCCGCGCUUACACGACCUCGCCGUGCACGGCUUCUACCCCUUCCCACACGUCCCAAACGCCAUGCCGCGCCUCGAGCGGCUGCACCUCUCGGGGAACCGCAAUCCAUACGGCCUGCUGCAGCUUGGCGGCCUCGCAGCGGCAUGCCCGACGCUGCGCACGUUGCACGUGUCCGGGCUCGUCGCCGCGUCGUCCUUCGCGGAAGAGCUCCAAAGCAUGCUGAUACCGGGAGAACACACGGAUCCACACGCACUGUCAGGCACAGUGCUCCCGCCGAGCUUGCGCGAGCUGACCCUGAGCGUGGGGCCGUCGCCCUCGAGCGCAAGACGCUACGCCUCCGCGGUCGCUCGGCAUGAGAAGAUGCUCGAACGGCUUCGAUCUAUCGCUGGCUGUGGAGAGAGUUUGGGUCCUUUACAGGUAGAAUUGCGGGGGAAUGAUGGAGAAGCAGAUGCAUACGAGCUGUUGAGGAACCACGGUCGAGACUGGUGAGACGCAUGGAAUCACGCGUAUGAUUGUUGAUUGAUCCUUGUCGCACUCGUGUCUGUAGACUGAAAAAUCCCACACAUCCGUUAUACUCUGUGACAUGACAGACAGUUAUUGAUUGUUGUACAUAUACAAUUUCAUAAUCAUUACAAAUAUGGGGUGCGAGAGACACUGAACAGCUGAAAGCCGUGUCCCCAGUAGACCCGUUUCUAACCUCCCCAGUAUCUGUAUUCCUGCGUGAAGCACGGUGUAUGUACCACGGUGUAUGUACCAAGGCGGCUGGUUCGA